AUGCGUUUCUAAACAUGGCGGGAAGAAGCGGCAACGAAGUUUCGGAUGAUGAUUCUUCAUCUGACGAGGAAGAGUCUGCACGGCUGAGAGAAGCUGUAGCUGACAGUUUUAUCUUUGAAACAGGUAAAUUUUCAUCAAAGACCACAGACAGCAGUAAAGACUUCAAAUCAAAACCAAGUUUGAGGAACAGUAGAGAAUUGGAUGAUGGUACUGAGGAAAAUGGCCUACAAGUGUCUCCGGAGGUCAAGAUUUUUUUAUCAAAGCGUCUAUCAGAAUUCCUAGAUAGUCUCAUAGGAACAGUGGAGAAGAUCCCGAAAACAUUUCUAAACAAAGAAGACAGUGGUAUAAGACUUUUCAGAAAAUCCCAGGUAAUCUUGAAUAUGGCCAGUUUACAAGAGGCUAGUGAAAGUGAAAACUGGACACCAAAAAAGAAGCGACAAUUCUCGUCAAGCAGUGAUUCAGAAGAAAAUGAAGCAAAGUUACGCGAGGCUGUUGUUUCCUCUGAUUUCAUCGUUAUGAACGCAGCUCCAUUACAAAGCAGCGGUAUACUCAGUGGUCGCAAAAAGAAGAAAAAGGACAAUGAGUAUUCUGGAGAGUGCAUUAGUACACUUGGAAAUAAACAUGGAGCAAAUGAUUCCGUAUGUACAAAAACAGCUAAAAAGAAGAAGAAAAAAGUAAAGGAGUGUAAGGAAAGUUCUGAAAAUGCGGAUUUUCCUGACCAAAAGCGAAAAGACAAAAGAGAUUUUAAUGUAAAUAAUGGGCAAGAUUUUGAUAAAGAAAGCGGAAUAAGCGAAAAAAAUUUGGCAGAGAUAGGUGUUCGUCGCGAAGGAAAUAAGCAUGACUUAAAUAAUCUGAAAAUAAAAAGUGUAGAAAGCAAGAAGAUCGAAAAAUUUGCUAGUGCCAAGAAGAAAAAGUCUAAGAAAGACAGGCAUAAGAAUGAUUUAAAUAUUGUCUAAAUGAAAUGUUACUUAAAUAUUUUGCGUUUUUUAUGUUACAGAUCUCUUCAUUUCAAAGUUGGAUAUUCAUUGGGAGCAGUAUUAGACGCUGUUUUUCAAUAUGCUGCAAUAUUAAACAGCUAUUCUGUUUUGAUAUUGUUCAUUUCUGUAGCCAGUUAGACUAACAUAUUAUUGUGAACUAGACGUUUAACGCUGGAGCUGGGGACUUUAGCAAGUAUUUCGCAACGUGACACUAUCAUUCUUUUCAAUGUAUCAGUUGACGAUUAUUUCUGAGACAGUACUAGGCAGGGCAUUCCU